ACAACCACAGCUACUUCCACAACAACCACAGCUGUUCCCACAACAACCACAGCUGCUCCCACAACAACCACAGCUGCUCCCACAACAACCACAGCUGCUCCCACAACAACCACCACUGCUCUAACAACAACCACAGUUUCUCCAACAACAACCACAGUUGCUCCAUCAACAACGACAGCUACUUCCACAACAACCACAGCUGCUCCCACAACAACCACAGCUGCUCCUACAACAACCACAGCUGUCCCACAACAUCACACUGCUUUAACAACAACCACAGCUGCUCCAACAACAACGCCAGCUACUUCCACAACAACAACAGCUCUGCACCCACAACAACCACACUGCUUCCUCAACAACCACAUCUUCUCUCACAACCACCACAGCUUCUCCAACAACAACCACACUUUCUCCCACAACAACCACAUCUGUUCUAACAACAGUCACAGCUUCUCCCACAACCAACACAGCUGUUCAACAAACAACCACAACUGCUCCCACACCAACCACAGCUGCUCACACAACAACCACAGCUGCUCCACAACAACCAACACAUGCUCCCACAACAACCCCCACUGCUCCCACAACAAAACCACAGCUGCUCCCACAACCAACCACCACUGCCUAACAACAACCACAGCUGCUCUAACAACAACCACAGCUGCUCUAACAACAACCACAGCUGCUUCUUCAACAACCACAUCUUCUCUCACAACCACCACAGCUUCUCCAACAACAACCACACUUUCUCCCACAACAACCACAUCUGUUCUAACAACAGUCACAGCUUCUCCCACAACCAACACAGCUGUUCAACAAACAACCACAACUGCUCCCACACCAACCACAGCUGCUCACACAACAACCACAGCAGUUCCAAAGACAACUACAAUUGGGGCUACAACAACCACAGCUACUCCAACAACAACCAUAGCUGCUCCCACAACAACCACAGCUACUCCAAUAAUAACCACAGCUGCUCUUAUCACAGUUACAACUGGUUCUUCAACCACUACCACAACACCUGCCCUUCCACCACCAAGGGUUAGGAUGGACUUCAAAUUGAAUCAAAACUUCAAAGAAGAUUUGAAAAAUGUUUCUUCACCAGCAUUCAAAGAAUUAGCAAGUACUGUGGCUACAGCGCUGGACACAGUUUAUCGAAACAAAUAUGGAUCCAGUUUUAAUCACACAGAGGUUCUAGGUUUCAGGAAAGGUUCGAUUGAGGUAAACGCUGUCCUGAUAUUUAACAAUGACAGCUCAGUCCCUGAGUCCAGUGCAGUGGUUGCAACCUUGAUAGAGAAUGUCUCAAGCAACAGCUCUAAUUUCUCUCUCCCAGUGAACACAACUUCUAUCGUGGCAACAAGAGUUGUUUCAACCUCAGCUCCAACUACUACUUCUACUCCAGUUCCUCCAAUAUCAACACCAUAUACGGUCAUGAACGCAACUUCGGCCCCCUCAAACAGGUCAACUACAACCAUGGUUGUCAAUGCAACAUCGGAUCAUGUAACACAAAGCAAUACAACUGCAACCCCAUCAUUGUCAACUUCCCCAGUAGUCAAUGCAACAGCUCAUCCAACUACCCCAGUAGUCAGCGCAACAGUUCCUCCAACUACUGCAGUAGUAAAUACAUCUUUAUCUCCAACUGCCCGAUUACCAACUAAGCCGGUAGCAACUGCCCCAGUACCAACUAUCCAAGUACCAACUACAAUGGCAUCCCCUGCAACAGAGGCGCCACUGACCAGCCCAAAACUGUCACUCCGGUUCAGCCUGACAUCUACCUUCAAUAGCUCUCUGAGCAACAGCAGUUCACCAGAGUUCCUGGCAUUGGCAAAUCAUGUGACUACACAGCUGGAUAAUUUGUUCAAGGCUCAAUUUGGAGCCAGAUUCAAUCGAACUGUUGUCAAUAGUUUCCGGUCAGGGUCAAUUGUGGUGGAGUCUACGUUGAUAUUCAACAACAUCAGCUCAGUGCCUGACAAUAGUCUGGUAGCACAAACUUUACAAACUGCCAUUACUUCCAACACGUCUGGCCUGACCUUACCUAUCAAUUCAUCCUCCAUUGUGGUCACACGUGCUACUACAAUGACUAAUGCAACCACCUCCGCUGCAACAACUGCUGCUCCAACUGCAGCUGUGACCACCACCACUCUGGCAGAUGUCACCACGACUCCUCCAGCAGUGGCCAAAACCACCACCACCGCUGUUCCGGCAGCAGCCACCACCACUGUUGCACCAACUGGCCCUCCAUCUUCUAGUGAAGGAACCCUGAUUCUUCGGUUCAGUCUCAAUCAAAUGUUCACCUUGGAUCUUGCCAACCCGUCCUCUUCAGCAUUCAAGACUCUGGCUGGCAAAGUGGUCUUGGAGGUGAACAGGAUUUUUUCUGUAACCCCAAGCUUCCUUCGUUCCAUUGUCAACUCAUUCAAGAAUGGAUCUGUAGUUACCAACAUGACUCUCGUGUUCAAAAACAAAUUUUCGGUUCCAAGCGCAUGCAGCGCACAGGCAACUUUCACCAUCAGUAACACCUCCCUGAACAUCCUACCYGGCAGCGUCAAUGUUGAGUCAUCAGUCAAUUCAGGAAGUGCUCCCCGACCCACUGCCUUCUGUCUGGCUUUCCUGCCUCUCACAUUGGCACUGCUAAUGMUACAGUUGCUGGCUAACUAAUAGCCUGUGUCAUAGCUCCUGUGGCAUUGGUUUGACCAAUGAAUAGUUUUCCAGCUCUCAUAGAUUAAGGACCUGCUUUAGUAGAAUAAUGCACAAUGGAUUGUGCCUGUGUUAAUUGGCAAAAUAGAUAUGUAUUUCAUGUACAUUCCCCCAAGUCCAUACACAAACAAAAACACACCUAAUUGUACUUUUUGAUGUCAAGUAUGAUAUUUGUGACAUUCCUUAAGAAUUCAUAUAGUUUUUUUCUGCUUAUGAAUAUUAAAUGCAUAUARCUUUUCUUUCAAGUAACUGUAUUUAUACUGAACCAUAUAGGCUCUCAAAGACAUUACUUAUUUAUUUGCAUCUUGCACACAGCAGCUUGCACAUGUUUUAUAUGUUAGAUUAAUAUGGAAAAUAACUGAAAAAUUAGAAAACCUUUCCUACAUCAUGUGACAUCCAAAUCAUAUUGUAUACUUUUUUUGUGUGUUAUUUGUAAAAUGUAUUAAUAAUAGAUUUACAGUAUGAGUUACCAUGUGAGUAACAAUUUACAAACCUGCACCCCAAAUUAUGUUGAUAAACAGUAAUCUUAUAUGUAUACUGAACAAAAAUAUAAACACAACAUGUAAAGUGUUAGUCCAAUGUUUCAUGAGCUGAUAUUUUAAGA